AUGCGACCGGCUUUGACUCGAUUGUUGAAGAGGCCGUCCGCGCUCUCGAUAAUCGACAGUCUCGCUGCUUGCUCGAUCGGAAUCGAGCAACUGGAGUCUCGAUACACGCGCCUUCGAUGUCAAUCACGAUGUCAAUCACGAUGUGCCAAUCAAUCCUUAUUAGAUAACGAAAUUGAGCCCAGAACUUCCAACCAGGAGAAAACGAAGACUUUGGGCCCAGCCAAAUCGAAAAAGCCUCCCAGUUUCUCCGUCCACGACAUUAUACCCAAUUGUCCAGAACCUUCCCUUUGCGCAAUCGAUGCAGCCCCAGGCGAAGCUUCAAAAGUGAUCAAAUCUUUACGACUGGAUCCAGAAAGAUUGGAAUUCGAAUCAGAUAUUGGCCACACCAAGGACUUGGGAACGCGAUUAGUGGACCUCCCAGAAUACAGGAACAAUUUUGAGCUUUGGGAGGAACUGCUUCGUUUUCGCCAGCGACAUUAUGGAGACCAAGGUACCCAAGUAAUUUGGGAAGGGUUGACGAACCGGGUGGAAGGAGUGGAGUUGCCGUUUACAGGAAAUUGUGCAGAUUUCAUCUGGCAAAGUUUCGUGGACUUGGGACUGACACGAGAGAUACUUCUGAAGGAGAUUCUGGAUUACGCGAUAACACUUGGUGGAAGUGAUGGAAACUGCUGGCCCCAACUUUAUGAACAGGUUGUUGGUGGUCUUCUGGACCGUGGCAUGAUUAAACAGGCGAUUGAAUGGCACCGAAAGCUUCAGGAUUCUAAGCUGGCGAGGCCUAGUGACCUUAUACGAAUAAUACCAUACGCUAUACCGCCACCGCCUCCUCCUCCAGUCAACAAUCUACUGUGGUUCGCCAGUCCCCGUCCACAGGUGUCGGAGUCACCAUUCACGCGGCUCAAGACCAUGAGAGCCCUAUGCCGUGGAAUUGAUCAUCGCGUUUACAGCCCGGUUAUUCUGAGGUUCAUGGAGCAAGGCUAUGGAGAUGAUGCACUAGCAAUGCAUACCUGGUUGACGGCUCGCCACGACCAUCCUGAAUCACUGGAAGAACUACAACCUUUAUUGGAAUACACGAGGAAGUACGGGCUUCGGCAGGAAUAUGACAAUAUUCGACAAUAUGCCGAUAUCAGAUUUCCGGGCUCUUCCGAACAAGGCCCAUCACAGAAUCCGUCGAGAGACAGGGCCGACAAGGGAGGUCAAAAGUCUGGCGAUUCAGGAAAGCGUCAAUACAAGGACGAUAUCGCUGCCAGGCUGUUUGCAACUCCUGCUCUCAAUUUAGACAUAGUCAUCGGUGGUCUUAGGAUGCUCAGAAUUUCUGAAAUUGGCCCACGAACCUUGCGAGAGAUGGCCGUGAGGGCCCAUGAUGGCCAGGAAAUCUUGAGAAAUCUUAAAGUGCUCCGCCAAUCUGGUAUCACCGUCGCCGAUAGCGUCUUCGCGAGGCUGGUGUCGAAACUCGCAACCCAGAACCGAGAUUUCCUGCUCUCCGACUUGCUGCUCAGUGAUCAACAUCCUGAUGUGCUAGAAGAUGCGAAGCUGCAGGAGUCACUCUUGGUCUCAUACUAUGUGGCUCGCGACUGGCGCCAGUACAAUGUAUCACUAGCUAUCCUGGAAGAGCAUUAUACUGAUUCCUCAGCCUUGCUGGAUAUUCACUUCCGCAAGCACAUGGCCGCUGGGGAGCUCAGUGCAGCUUUGAAAACGGUUGAUGAGCUGACCGUGCUUGGGAGGACCUUGAGCGAAGACAGCGUGGACUUCAUGGCUGAAAAGCUCCUGCCAAAUCGCAGGCCGCACCAUAAACCCGAACAAAUCGAAAAGGGUAACUUGGAAAAACUGAUGUUCGUGCUCAAGGUUCUCCAGCGCGUGGUUCCAACCGGAUGCUAUGUCAGUCCAGCUUUUUGGCAAGAAAUUCUUAAGCGGUUGGGCAUGGGCAACUUUUGGCACGAGCUAAGAGAAUGCUCAUUGUGGCUAGUCCGCCAGUAUGCCCACAGACCGGAAGAUAAUGUCAGACAUCAGAGAAUUUUCCUUUCGCACCAAAAGCCUGCCAUCCAAUCAGAUGGUCGGGUUCAUGGUCUCAUUUUUGACAAGGAGAUGCAACAGGCCAUCGUUGCCUGGGGCUUCAAGUUUCGUGUGACUCGUGAAAAAGUAAGCGAAUACUAUUGCACACACCAGGCCACCGGCUCCAAGCUUAUUCCUUGGACGCGGGGCUUGCUACUGCUCCGGGAGCUGGAAGAAGCUGGUCUUACUCUUCGUCCGGAGGCAAUCCGGAGAGCCGCUCAAAUUCGGUUGAUCAUUCUAUUUGGCGACUACCCUCGUUCCGCAUCUCCCUUCAACCGAAUGAUACGGAGGAUCAAUCCCUACAGUCAAGAUAAAGUGUUUGAAGAUAUCAACAUUGCCUGGGGCGAGUCCUUGUUUCAAGGGAAGGAAAAUUCCCAUCGCAAAAGGGUCCUGAAUACAUGGCGGUCACCCCUUUCGCUGAGGACUUCGGCCAAAGUCGAGAUGCCACGAAAGCCAGCUCCAUAUAUGAACAAACCAAAGCCAACUCGGCGAAGUGGAUGA